GCUCUAUAUGGAGGGUAUAGCAGCUCAAGGCCACAGGCCAGGGGCCCUCCCUCAGGCCACAGAGAAUGUUGAACCACACGUCAAGGACUGGCUGCCAGCAAAGCCCUGCUCCCUGCUCCCUGAGGGUGCUCCAGCCAGGGCCACCAAUCUAGAGACAGAGUUCCUGUCAGAUCUGGAACUGAGUGAGGAGCAGCGGCUACAGAUCUCCAAGGAGCUGGUUGACCUCCAGAUCACAACCCAUCGCCUGCAGGAGCAGCACGAAGCUGAAGUUUUCGAGCUGAAGAAGGAGGUCCUUCACCUAGAGAGCCGGGUACUAGAGCUGGAGCUGCAUGGAGGUCGUGCUGGGCCAGGGCGCACAGCCCCAGUGGAGGCCAACCCAGCUCACCACCAGGCACUGGCACAAGAGUUCACUCGGGAAGCCAAGGCACCUGGAUACACUGAUCACCACAGGCUCCAGCUGCUGGGAGGCUGGGAGCAGCUGCAGGGAGAAGUGAAGCAGGUGCUGCAGCAUCACAAGGCCCAGCAGCAGGCACUAGAGACACGGAUGGCAGCCCUGGGCCAGCAGCUGCAGGGAGCCCGAGAGGAUGCCAGGGCAGCCAGGCAGAGAUUGGCUGCACAAGCUGUGGUGCUGUCCACCUGCCAGGGCCACCUCCGCCAAACUGAGGCUGAGAAUGCCCAGCUGCAGCUGCAGCUGAAGAAGUUAAAUAAAGAGUAUGCCAUCCGGCUGCGGCACUGUGCCCAAGAGGUGGUGAAAUAUGCCAAUGGUGCAGGCCAAGCAGCCCUUCAGAAGUUCCUGGAGACCACUCUGGAGAACAUCCAGGCAGCACACCACAGCCGUGAGCAACAGCUGGCACAGGCUGCUCGGUCCUACCGCAAGCGCCUGGCAGAUCUAAGCUGUAGGCAUGAGAAGCUGCUUGUCACUUGCAGUAUGCAGCAGGAGCAGCCCCAGGCACUGGUGGACCCCAAAAGGGCACCUGGAACCCUCAAGGCUAACUUUGCUGCAGCUACUGACUUGGAGUCACUGGCCACUGAGCUCAGUCACCUGCAGGCAGAUGAGCACAGCAAGUUUGGAACGCUGCUUUUGUACCCCCAGAAGGGACCUGGUGAAGCCUCCCAGGGGAGUGCAGCAGAGCCACAGGGUCCAAAUAAUGUAUCCUGGGUCCAGAUCUGCCAGAAGCUCCAAGAUUUCUCCAAAGGCACCCAGAGAGAGCUGGAACAUGAACGGGCUCAGCUGUUGGUCAGGGCCUCUGAGGCUGAAGAGCGGCUUUCUGAGCUUCAGGAGUAUGUGGACCAGCACCUUGGCAGGUACAAGCAAGAAAUCCUGAGGCUGAGGAAGCUGGUGGGUGCAGGGGACCCCUGGAAAGUGGAGGCCCCAACUGCAGCCAAGCCCCAGCAUUCAACGACCCACAGCCGGUAAGCCACGGGCCUUCUGAAGAGACCCCUGC